AUGGGUCAUAUGCAAGUGCUUCAAAACAAAAUUCUGAAGCAAAUUCUUGUUCUGGGUUGCAGAAACUCCGAUCUCAGAAACCAAGAAAAGGGGGUCUGUGAAGAGGUUUCUCACGGCAGAACAAUGGAGGUACUUGGCAAAUCUGUGAUUGCUGAGCCCAGCAAUGUGAUUUUCUUGUCCACUAUUCUGAACACAGAAGGGGAAAUCCCCAGUCACAAGUGUGACAUGAGGUGCCAGAAUGAGCACAUCUUUGGAAACAUGUACCGCUGCAAAUUGACUGGAAUGACACACAUUUGUGACAAAAACUGUAACCAGAGGAUCCUCUAUGACAACCACAACUCGCUUUGCCGAGUGAGUGGGCAGUUGUUCGCGCUCUCACCACUGGAGCUGCAGGCAGUGAGGGGGAUUCGGAGGAAGCAUGAAGCUGACAGCAGCCAUGAAGGGUGCUCCUUCAAGCGCAGGCGUGGUGCACAGCUGCAUCCUUCCCCUUUUGAGAGAUCCUACUCCGCCGUGUCUCCGAUACCGAGCCAAGCUGGAGAUGGCAUGGACCUGAGCUAG